AAGACUCUCUAGAAUGUCAAUAUAUUAUAAUAUUCUUGAAAAAGAAUAUAUCGAUUAAUAAAAACUGUAAAAAUGUGCGAAGUCCAGGAGUUUCUCGAUGGCCUCUGCAAGACCUUUCGGAAGUUCAAGGAGAUGCGCCGCCUGGAGAUGGUCCAGAUUCUUAACCAGGUUCGUUGCUGCGAAUGUGGACACAAGAUGCGAAUGCAGAAGGUGGAGGUGCAGAACUCCCUCGCCCUAAAGACUUCCACUCCGGCCAGGAUUAGGAAUAUCCUUCUUAUCAGUUUUCUACUGGUACUCCUGCUCUAUGGCUAUAUCCUUCAUGCCGUGAGGCGGCACAAUCGCAUCAGGACAUAUGGCAGCAGUGCCUGCGAAUCGACAUUUCUAUAUAAGUAUACGGAUUGCGAAGUGAUUUACUGACAGUGUUGAUAACUUAUAUUUUUUAUAAAAUGGUUUGAAUAAAUUUUUUAAAUCUUA